GUUUACCCAAAAUCCUCCUCAAAUCACUUACAGACCGUUAACCAAGGGCUGCACGCCUUUACGGAACCCACAGACGGCAUGGACGACUCACAGCUUUCCCGCAGCGCAACUUCCUACAUGGCGCGUCUUGAUCGGACUCUGCAGCUGUUACAAGACAAAGUGAAGGAGCAAGAAGCUGCUCUAGAAAAGCUUCGAGCAUCUUCGGCGCCGAUCGAGACAGAACGCUCCGAAGAUCCAAAAGUUGAGUUUCGACAACUUCAAACACUCAAGAUUGCAUACGAGUCCCUCACACCCAAAGAACCAUGGCUUCCGCCCCGCGAUUCUCCUCUUCCCGGUUUGAUAGCUCUGCGAACCACUGAUCGAACCGUCAGAGAGACUCGAGAAGCUAUUACCAACACGGAAGUAGACUACAAGAAGAUCAAGCAACGAUUGGACAAGGAAAAGUCUGAUCUUGCAGAUGCAAAGCUCAUCCAGCAUGAGAUACAGUCGCGGAUUGUUUCGUUGCAAGAAGACAUACAGGAACGCACACAGAGGUCGCCGGGCCAGAUUGCGAAGGAGAUGGUUGCUGAAUUGAAGCAAAAGAAAAAGUACUACGAUAGCGAGACGGGCAAGUUGGUCAAGGCAUUCAAUACCUUCAUCGAUGACCAUCUUGCAGCCAUGCUUGCUGUCGAAGAGUUAGGCGGUCCUAUUGUGGGACAAAUAGUGGACGUUAACGAAGAGUUACUAGAAGGUGGAUUUAGCGUUCAAGGCAAGCCAAAGAAAGCAAAACCGAGCGAAGAUAAACGCCAACGUCGUAUUGAUGAAAUCUGGGGCCCGAAACCUGAAGAUGACGGACGAUCGAAAGAACCCUGGGAUGAGAAGCGUGCGGCGGCUGCGGAGAUGCGAGAGUUGACCGAGCAACUUUUGAAUAGUCUUGUUGAAGCAGAUGAGAACGGCACCGGCGCUUAUGUUGAUCUCCCGAGGGAGUCAGCAGCUGCCAGAUUCCUUGUGAGGUCGAAAGUGGCCCAAUUCCAUCCGAGGGAUGCGAGGAAACUCCGGUUGAUAGAUUUUGGAGGCGAGAUCGAUGAUUGAGAACAUGGAACAUGCAAACAAGCAAUCUCGAUUUGAAAGGGAUUCUUUCCCGAGCAACCACAGCUCAAAUUCUUUCGCUAGGAAAUUGGGCUGUCACGAAGAUACCCUGGGUCCCUCAUACUCUUAGAAGCUUAACGAACGACGUAUGGGAAGGGUUCUAGUUCACGGGCAAUUUCUGUUGCACCUGACAUUUGCUCAGUACGAGAUGUUGUCCGACAACCGAAUGAACUCGAAUAGGCGAACCCCUAUUGAGACGACGUGUGGUGGGAGAAAAGUUUCUGGCACGUGAUGUGUCCCGAUUUCAGAAGUAGCAUCUCCGAAAAUACGGGGCUAUCCGUAGUGAAUUACGAUAGUGUCAUCGAAUGCCAGACAUUCAACUCCUAUCGCUGUUCUGGUGGCUUCAAUUCCGCAUUAUCUCUUCUUUUCGCUACUCCGAAGAUCGUCAUCGGCUUACCCGUCGGAAAUAGC